AUGCGGGAUGUUAGACCAACUGUUGAGAAUCACAGGUGUGUCUCCAGACUCUCCCUUCGCAACGCUCCAAUACUCCCGUGCCCCUUCACUCCAAACACGACGCGAUCGUCGCAAUUCUCCCUUCCUGAGGCUCAUUCCGUGCACGCCGCGUUCUUUUCCUCUCGUCCGUUCCUCCCUUACCCGCCACGUCGCAUUCAGUGUCCCGUCCGCUUCCGGUGCGCGCUGCCGUCUCUUCCUUCUAGACGAUUCAUCCGUGGCGGACUCGUCCUAUUCACCCUCCCGUGCGCGCUUCGUCCCGCCCACCCCGUCCUUUUCUCCCAUGCCCGCCGCUUUGCAUUAUUUCUCCCGUCUGCUUCUCCCGUGAUUGUUGUCGUCCCUCCCUCUGUUCCAUUCCUCCCCUCCCUCUCAUUCCCCUCUCAUUCUCUCAUUCCGUGCGCCAUCCUUCUCAUUCCCCUCUCAUUCCCCCCUCAAACUCUCAUUCCGUGCGCCUUCACUCUCAUUCCCCUCUCAUUCUCUCAUUCCGUGCGCCUUCACUCUCAUUCCCCUCUCAUUCUCUCAUUCCGUGCACCUUCACUCUCAUUCCCCUCUCAUUCUCUCAUUCCGUGCGCCUUCACUCUCAUUCCCCUCUCAUUCUCUCAUUCCGUGCGCCUUCACUCUCAUUCCCCUCUCAUUCUCUCAUUCCGUGCGCCUUCCCUCUCAUUCCCCUCUCAUUCCCCUCUCAUUCUCUCAUUCCGUGCGCCUUCACUCUCCUUCCCCUCUCAUUCUCUCUUUCCGUGUGCCUUCGCUCUCAUUCCCCUCUCAGUCUCUCAUUCCGUGCGCCAUCCCUCUCAGUCUCUCUUUCCGUGCGCCUUCACUCUCAUUCCCCUCUCAUUCUCUCAUUCCGUGCGCCAUCCCUCUCAUUCCCCUCUCAUUCUCUCAUUCCGUGCGUCAUCCCUCUCAUUCCCCUCUCAUUCUCUCAUUCCGUGCGCCUUCACUCUCCUUCCCCUCUCAUUCUCUCUUAGGGUGUGCCUUCCCUCUCAUUCCCCUCUCAACCUCUCAUUCCGUGCGCCUUCACUCUCCUUCCCCUCCCAUUCUCUCAUUCCUUGCGCCUUCACUCGCAUUCCCCUCUACUCCUCUUCUCACGUGCGCGUUCUCUCGUCCCCCUCUGGUUCACUCCUCACGUGCGCGAUCUCUCUCUUUCCUCUCAUGCGAGUUUGUCCCAUUCCCCUCUGCUCCGCUCCUCCCGUGCGCAUGCUCCCUCUUUCCCCUCUGCGCCUAUCCGCCCAUGCGCAAUUUGUCUUUUUCCCCUCUGCUCCUCUACCCCCUUAG